GAUUUUCAGCGCUGUGUUUGAAAGAGGCUAGGUUGGAACUUUUGUUUGCUAUCAGAAUGCAGUCUCUUACGGGGGAUGUAGUUACCAAGCCAGUUGGACAGCGCCUGCGUUAUUCCAGAGCAGAAGUUUUAGCUCGUUACGAUUAUGGAAAGACUAUAGCCGUAGAAUAUGAUUCUUUGGAUGCAAUAACAAAAGCCGUCACUGGAAUUCGAGUUCGACCAAAAACUCAACGAAAGAAAACCAGCCAUUCACAGUCAAGUGAUGGAGAAAAUAACAAAACUCAUGUCAAUGAAGAUUUAACUGUUCAAGAGACUGAUCCUAACAACAACACUGGCUGGCAUCGUAAAACUCGUCAUGCUGUGAAUGCACAAUCUGGUCACGUUACAAAUUAUCCUCACCAACGACGUCCUAGUGGGCCAACUGGUGGUGGCGGUGAUGUUGAUACUUUAAAUUCCUCUCCACAAGUUAGCGGGCCAUUACGCCCCGCCAAUGAAAUUAAACGAGGAGGACAUGGAGAUUGGUCACGUGGUUGUGCUGGCUGGCGUCAGCGUUCAUAUAGCGGUAGUGAACAAUCUGAUGUUUACCAUCAUAAUUAUUCCAACCAUCGAGGUCGUGGCAAUGGACAUGAACCUGAUGGAGGAGUCACUGGACGUGGUGGACGGGGUCGUGGUCGGGGACGUCAAGCUGUAACUUAUCGGGACUCGACUGGUACUACUGGUCAGUCACAUAACUCAAACACUAGUAAUCAUAGACCUGUCAGUUGUUUAGCUGAUGUUAAUCCACUUUUGUCAACAGAAACAAGAAGUGUCAGAGCCUAUUCCAAAUCAUUUUCUAUUGAUCCACCGCCUGGAUUUGAACUUCCAGUUCAUGAAAAUAUUGAAAAGUUAUCAUCAUCAUCAACAUUAUCAAUGGGGGGAACAUUACAAGCUGAAGAAUUUCUUGAUAAUAAUUAUCCUCCUCCUGUCGAGAAGAUUACCUCUACACCGCCGCCUAAUGAUCAUUUGCAAUUGUUGACAAUGACCCCUGGUACUACUACUGCUACUACUACAUCAACAGAAGUGGGCACAACAACUAAACCAUAUCAUCUCUCUUCACGUACAUGGUAUUAUGUGGAUUUGCUAAAGCAUAUACAAGGUCCAUUUACAGAUCAACAAAUGGCUACUUGGCUUGCUGCUGGUUAUUUAUCCUUAGGUGUAAAGAUACGUCGAAAUUGUGAUGAAUGUUUUCUUAGUUUAGCUGAUCAUAUGAAUUUAGCUAAUCGUGUACCAUUCUGGUCGGGUUACAAUCAACCACCGAUUACACAUGAGAAUUUAUCUUCGAUAACUUCACGUCUUCGAUUCAAUGAAAAUCUAUUGAAUGCUCAGAUAUCUUUCCCAGAGACACCAACAACAACAACUACUACUACUACGCCUAAUAGCAAUAUCAGUGGUAAUAACGGUACUAAUAUUAAUCAAUUAUGCUCAAAUUCAAUUGUUUCAAAUAGAACAGAUAAUCCAGCCGUUGUUUCACCACUUGGAUCAACAUCAGAUGAAAGUCAAACACAGCUUCAACAAGAAAAAGUUACCAGUAAUGACAACAUUCAAGUAGAAUCUGUUGACAGUAAACAACCAACAUCAACAUUAUCAUCAACGAUUACGUCAUCACCACCACCACCAGCAGCUGCAUUACAUGAAGACUUGAAGACAUCAACAUCCAUUAAUCCCAGCGUACUUACAGAAGUCAAUGAUACAACUGCUCUAUUAAAUUUAUGCACUGAUGCUCAAAAUAUUUUAACGCAUACAACUAAAAUAGAAGCAGAACGUUUAGCAUUAGCUAAUAAAUUAGCUGAAAUAAAUAAUACAACAGCGAAAUUAUUAUCUAAUUUAUGCUCAAGUCAAUUAAAUUCUAAUCUAACUGAAACAUUAAUUCAAACAACAAAUGCUGUACAAAGUGAAUUAGCUCGUCUGUUAAUUUCUCCUUCAAAUGAGGCUAAUGGGAACAAUUCUAAUCAAAUUCAUAGUAAUAAUAAUAAUAAUAAUGGCAGCAUUAAUAAAAGAGACAAUUUAGAUACUCAAAAUACACCCCCACAAAAACCAUCACUUGAAAUGACAACAACAACAGCGCAUAAUAAUAAGUCAUCAACACCUUCCAAAGUACUAGAUAAUACUCAUCAAAAGGAUAUCCGUGGUAGUGGUGAUGAACAUAUCUGCUCUAUUGACGAGAAAAUCAAUUCAUCAUCAUAUGAUUCAAAAGAUGAGUCAUCCAGUAUCAUGUUGGAUAGUACUCAACUGACUGGUGGUGGUGGUCAGCUUAGUCAUCAUGAGGAUGUUGACGCUACUGGUGAUGAUGAUGAUGGGGAUGGCGGUGGCGAGAAUGUUAUCCAAGAAAAGUCGUCAAUAAAUACCUCUGUGAAUACCACGCUACAGACAACAACAACAACAACAACAGGAAAGGCUGACUCAAGUAAUGAUGCAGAUGAAAGUGGUGGUGGUGGAGUUUCAAAGAAAAGUAAACGAAAAAAUAAAAAAGCUAAUAAAAAAUUGACUGCAGAGCAAGAAAAACAAUUAGCAUGGGAGAUUGAAUUCAAUCGUCGUAAAGCUGCAGCAUUAGAGCAGAAAUUAGCUGAAGAGGCUAGAUUGAAGAAAAUAGCCGAAGAGGAGGCUCUUGCUCUUGCUAUGGAGAAAGCAUUAGCUGAUCAAGAAAAAGCUCGUGCAUUAGCUGAACAAAGUAGACGUGAAGCAUUACGCAUGAAGGCUGACAGUGAACUGAGUCGUUUAAAAUUGCCUGAAUCUGCACGAUGGGCUGCUGGAAGUGUCAAUACUACAGAAAAGCCACUUGCAAAUGAUUUACGAUCUAUUCAAGCUGCACAAGAAGCAGAAGAGGAAGAAAAACGUCGUCAUAGACUGUUGUUAGCUGAACAAAUGUCUGCGUUGACGCCUUCCCCGGCAAAUGUAUCAUCAUCAGUAAAACCUACGCUAGCUUGGUCUGAAAUUGCAAAGUCUGAAACACAUUCAACAACAACAUCACCAAAAACUAAUGAUGCAUCAAAAGAUGAAAAGUUGGCUAAGCGUACUCCUGGCGUCGCUCAACCAAUUAGCAGUAAUACUACACGUCCACAGAAAUUCAAUCCUCAUCAACAUCACACGAUAAAUGUUACAUCCGUGUCAAGUAUAAAAUCUGUUGAAACGUCAACACCACCUGGUCACAUAUCAUCAUUAUCAUCAGUGUCUAAUAUUGUUGAGAUGAAGAAUACCACUACAAAAGUUCAACUGAUCAAUUCAACUGAUAAUACUAAUAAUAAUACAACAACAAAGAAAUGUCAAUCCACUGCACCAAUUCCAUCAAUAUGGGAUUUACCUGUAUCUAGUACUCUGGAUAAUACUACGAAUUCUGUUGGUGUAAAAAAAGCGAGUAAUAAAAAGAAGAAAAAGAAUUGUAGUACAAUGAAUUCAUUUACUGUGAAAGAAGAACUUGUGCAUUGGUGUGAAUCUCAACUGUCUUCCAUGCCAUUGUCUGGUAUCGAUUUACCGACUUUAGUUGAUUUAUUAUGCGAUCUACAAACUUCAGAUGAGAUUGUAGAAUUUAUUGAAACUUCAUUGGGUCGAUCUAAACGUGUAACAAAAUUCUCUAAAGAUUUUCUACAGAAAAGAGCAUUACUACUCAAUGUCGCUAUUGAAUAGUGAUAUAAUGAGAUAAUAAAUAAUAUUCGAUGACGUAUAUAAUUCAAUUCCCCCGUUGUUGUUGAUUCUUUGUUGUUGUUGCUGUUG